AUGGAGUCAUCAGGAUUGAUUAAGAAAGAGUAUGGUGUUGACCUAAAGGUUCAUACCCGCACUCACACCGGCGAAAAGCCAUACCAGUGUAAAGUCUGUGACAAAGCCUUCCAUUCAUCAGGAAAUCUGGCACGACAUUCGAUAAUUCACAAUAAGGACGAACAUCUUCCGUUCUGUGACAAAGCGUUCAGGACAUCAGGCAUUCUGGCAGUACACUCGAAACUUCACAAUAAGGACCAACAGCGUCAGUGUCCUUAUUGUGCAUCAACGUUCACACAGUCGUGUAAUUUAAAGGAUCACAUUCGCACUCACACUGGCGAAAAGCCAUACAAGUGUAAAGUCUGUGACAAAGCGUUCAGUUUUCUGCACCGGCCGCGCCGUUCGGACAUCUUCAUUCGGAGCCGGAGUCCGGGCCGCGAAAUGCUCGCCCGCGUGGUCCGCGGUCGCGGUGUUUAA